AUGUUUAAUAAAACUAUUAUUCUAGUACUUGCUUUACUAUUUAUCAUUUCUGUAACCUGUGAAGCUGAAAAAGGACCAAAUUGUUCAACUGUUCAAUGUUUAGAAGUAAAUCCAACACAAUGUGAAUUAGAAGGAGGAAUAUUUAUUGAUUCUCAUCCAGAAAUUGGCUUAUGUUGUGGAAGGUGUUUAUCCGGAAUCUUUAGACAACCUGACUGUUCAGGAGCUAUCUGCGCCGAUUGUAUUGGUACUGUUCCUCCUGGAGAAUGUUGUCCAAUAUGUGGAGGAGAAGAAUCAUAA